AAAAAAUAAAAACGAAAGCAGCAUCAGGCUUAAUAGGUGGCAGUGACGUCUGGGUUUAUGAAUUAUUUAUUUAGUUAUUGAGGGAUAUUAGAUCAAACAAUUGUAAUUUAGAUGUGGUCGUCUGUAGGUCUGUGUAUCAAAGGGUGCAGUGUAAAGGAGGACACGGUAGGUGGCAGCACUCACUGUUAUUCACACUUGUUUUUCCACGGAAAUAAGGACAUUAUUUUGAAGCUGCUUCCUGUUAUCGAAUCGACUCGAGAAUUUCUAACGUAAUCGGCUGUUUAACACUUGGCUCUAGGUUAUAUUAUGUCUUCAUCAUAAACGAGCUUUAAGGAGACUUUGGAGUAACUUGUCUCUUUGGUAAUCUGGAAUGAUCGUAUGUCUGAUGUUUAGCUACUGAUGCUAAGACGCUAACUAGCUACCCUGUUAGUAUAGCGCUGUGAGGCUGGUAGUUUCCUGUUAUAAGUAUAAUGUUAAAUGUAAUAUGUGGAUAAAUCCAGUACCAGGAUGUGAACUGUCCUUUGGAAACUGUAAUGCUGGCUAACAUCUCAUUUAUAUCUCAAUUAGAUAUAAACACCGCUGACUUUAAGAUCUGCUUCUUUCACGUAACUAUAAACGUCCUGUCUGAGAUACCUGAAGUUACGGUCACUCGUUAUGGCUGCUUUCGGCUUUACUCCUGCCAGAGAGCAGGAUCUUUUUAGCUUUGAAGCGGAACAGUCCAGCUCAAAAACAAGCAGCGGACUCAGCGGGGAAGAGGCCAAGCGUUUCUACGAAAGCUUAAUGAAAGAUGAGAAGGGGGGAGCUGGAUCAAAAGGUCAGACUAGACAGGAGAGUAGAGAGUCCAGGAGACGAGCGAUGAGGAGGGUGAGAGCUGUGGAAGCACAGCAGGGUCAGAGUGGAGGGAGUCAAUCAGAGACUGGACACUCAGAAAGAACCAUGGAGCUGCUGGGUCUGCGGCUACUGCGCUUUGCCCAUGAGGGAGACAUCCCUGGGCUCAAAGAGGUCCUCUCAAAGGGGGUCGACAUCAACUACCAGGACACUUUCUUCUGGACAGCUGUAAUGUGUGCAAGCUGGUCAGGGCAAAGAGCUGCGGUGAGGCUUCUGCUGCAGCAUGGAGCGGCCUGGGUCGGAGUGGUUGACACAAAGGGCAGGGAUGCCAAAGACCUGGCACUGGAAGCUGGCCACAAUGAAGUGUUGGAGGAGCUGUUGAGCUACGGGAGAAGACCAAAGAGAGACACGCCGUCUGAUAGCAGUUCCCUCCAGCCUCAGUGGUGCGACGUGUGUCGAAGCGAGUACAGCAGCAGCCUGCCGUCACAUCUCUCCUCCACCCUGCAUCAGUUCAAUCUGCGACGCCCUCCACCGACGCCUUACUACUGCCUCCCCCCCUCCAGCAACAGCUUCAAGAUGAUGGUUCGUUGUGGCUGGAAACCAGGAACAGGACUGGGGCCACAGGGAGAGGGGCCCAAACAGCCAGUGCCUACUGUGCUGAAGAGAGACCAGAAGGGUCUGGGAUACGGACAGAUGAAAAGAGCCAAAGUGACUCACUUCCAAGCCAGAGACUGUGAAGCUGUGAAACCACCAUCUAAGGACAAAGUGGGGAUUGGAAUGAAAGGACAGAGGAAGGAAGAAAGUAGGAAAAAAGAGCAAAAAGACAGGAACUGGGAAAGAGACUUCCGUGCCUCUUUUUAUCUUUGACACUGGCUCAUUCACAUCUGCAUAAACAUCUCUGAAACACAUAAAAUAUGACGCUGAAUUGUUUAUUAAAGCUUUGACAGAGUUUCUUGGGUUUGUCUGUGAAGUGACUUUAAAUGGAGCUUAACGCUCAGGAUCAGAGCUCGUGCUGUCCGUUUAUGGCGUCAGCUGCUGUUUGCUCAGUGAUUGAAUGUGUGGCAAAAGGUUUUCAUUCAUGUUCAUGAAGAUUUCAAUUACACUGUAACUGAAUGUGUCUGAGCCACAAAGGUGUUAAAGGGUUACAUGAUAACGUUUUAUUCGCAUUCAGCAAAAAGAAAAAAAACACGACAAGACCGAUCUUAUCAUGAAGAACACUGAUUAUUAUUGCUCAUGAUCCAGGGACAAAUUCUUUAGUGUCAUAAAACAGUGUAGACUUUUUUUAUAUUAAAGAUUAAAGAAAAAAAGAGUUUCUUUUAGAUAUUAAAGUUGAUUCUAUGAAGAAAAAUCAUCUAGUUUUUUCUUCACUGUUAAAUCCUUUUAAGCAAAUACACAGACUGAGAGUAACCUUUCCCUCUGUUGGAGCUCCGGGUGCCUUUUCACCUGGUUCACCUUUACACCUGCAAUCAUGUGAAUGUUGAGUCACACAUUUGUGCUUACCUGUGUCAGGUUCUGUUAAACUGGUUUUUACUGCUUCA